AUGGAGGCGACUAUUGGUGUCGUGAAGUAUGCUAAAUAUGGUAUUGCUUCGAAUGGUCUGAACAUUCCGAUUAUUCGAGAAAACGUUACGAUUUGGCCUGGUGAAACACAAGGCGACUUUUCGAUUGCUGCCGCAUGCAAUUUUGAGAACUGCCCAAAGAAAUGGACGCAUCGACAGUUUAAUCACCAAACACAUCCGAAAUACAGCACCAGUAACAUUAAGGAUCACCUCGAAAAGAUUCACAAAGUCAGAUUUCCUGGUGCAGCUACUCCUCAGACAAUAAUACCUACGGCGCCUGUUAAACAUCCAUUGGAGUAUAGUGAGCUCGAGUUUCUUGCAUUGCCCCUGGACGUGGAUAUGGACAUGCACAAACUUGGUCGCAAAAGACAUAAAAGUGGAGAGGACACUGAUGGUUCAGACCUUCUUCAUUCUUCCUCCUCUUCGGGAUCAUCAUCAUCCAGAUCGUCAUCACCUCUACAAGCUCGUCCUAUUUCACCGACUCAGUCCACGGUUUUGCAUUUCUUGUUGCUCGACCAUCCCCUCAGUCCGGCGGAAGUCGCUACUCGUAUAUCAUGGUAUCGUGAACGUUAUGGCGAGAACGAUAGAACAAGUGGAUCCCAAUUGGUUUUGCUUCACUUGCUAUCCUUCUUCUGCUCUGACUUUGUUUCGCAAGCUGAUUCUGUCGGAUUUAUCGUCUGGGCUUCUUCAUAUCUAAAGAACUUUGCUGUUCAUUGGACCGAUGCAACCGUGUUGAUGACCCAAUUAUUCUAUCAAUUUGAUAAUAUUUCCAGCUCACUCAGUCCCGGACGUAGCUCAAGGCGGCAAGAUGGGCGAUUCAACGCAGUCACAUUCCCAGAAUACGUUCGGGAUAAGCAUUUCAUGGGUGGUUCUGUGGUUCUGGUUGGGCAAGACUGGCCACUAGGUCUCGUCGAUUUCUUUACCGGAUUUGGUCUUCAGAUUGAAGCUGAAUACCAGAAUAGUGUGAUGAUUGCUCCAGCUCUACAAGCGACACAAUAUCGGAACCCUCCUAAUACAGAAGACGAAGAUGGCACUGAUGAUUGUGGCAACAAUGGAGAACCAAGUAACUUUGGAGCUUGUGGAGAUAAAAAUGGUGGUGACACUGGAGGUGAUGAUUCGCCAACAGAUCUGCUGGACUCUCUGUUUGGCAUUGGUAGCACGUGGGAUCAAAGCACGCUGGCAGAGAGUGUUGCUGAAGCGUUCGCGUCGCUCAGCAUUGUCUCUGGCAUAUCUCGCCGUGCUUUAGGAAGUGAUGGAAAGACGGUCCGUGGUAGUGAUGGUGAUAAAGAUGAUGACCAAGCUUCUGAACGACUGGAAAUCGGAAAGACUUUCAGAGACAAUCCUGUGCUUCCUCAAAAUCACGCAAAAGUAGAAGAUGCUACCUGUGUUGAGCAGGAACGAGAAUUGAAUGGUCUUUCUAGCAAGAAGGAAAUCUCUGAUGAUAAUGGCCCUCCAAUUAUGGCUCUAAGAAAAACGAAACCCGAUACGAUACAUUUUGAUUCACCAUUAAAUGAUAGUGAAGAUGAGUCUAGUAGAUUGCUUUCGAGACAGAGCCCGAAGCUCCCUGAAUACCCAACACCACCGCUGGAUCGGCCGUCUGGAAGUGGCAAAUCAACGAUAGCCAAGACGUGGACAAGUUCAGUAAUUGGACACUCUUACAUUCCUAAUAUCUGUGCCGAAGACCAAAAGUUUUUAUCCAGGUAUAUAAUUCAGGAAGCACUGGGUGAAGGAGGAUUUGCUUUUGUGACUGCUGCUACGAGGAAGUCUGACGGGCGACGAGUUGCAAUCAAAUUUAUCUUCAAAAACAAAAUGCUCGCUGAGUCUUGGGCUCGAGAUAAGGAGCUUGGCGUGAUUCCUAUAGAAGUCCUUAUUCUCAAGAAUGUGCACCAUCCAAAUAUAAUAGAAUAUGUGGAUUACCAUUUAGGCAUCGACUUUAUCUACAUGGUUACUGAAUUCUUCGGCAGUCCCUGGCCUGCACCGCAGCCAAACCUAGACUCUCUGGCAAAUGAAGAAAUGUCACUGAACAACCUCACGCAAUGCACCUUGUUUGAUUGUAUCGAACAGCAUUCACGACUGACGGAGAACCAGGCUAGACAUAUAUUUAGACAGGUGGUCGAUGGUACAGCACACUUGCUCCGUUUCGGCAUCCUCCACCGUGACCUCAAGGACGAAAACAUCCUGAUUGAUGACACAUUCAAAAUCAAGCUUAUUGAUUUUGGCAGUGGAGCCUUCGUCAGGAAGGGGCAAUUGUUUGAUCGGUUCUAUGCAACGAUUCCUUACGCAUCACCCGAAAUAUUGCUUGGUACAAAGUAUGCAGGUCCAGAAGCUCAGAUGUGGUCUCUUGGUUGUUUGCUAUUUGUGAUGCUGCAUGGCGUGGCGCCAUUCGACUCUCCCCAGAAAGCCAUUGCUGGUGAAACGCAGCCAAUCGAUACAGGAUUAUCCAAAAUAUGUAUUGAUCUGUUACAGUGGAUGCUGGAGCCUAGAGUUGCACGAAGAGCUACCAUAGAGCAAGUACGAAGCCAUCCAUGGAUUGCUGGUGAUGUGAAUUCUCAAAAUCAAGUCUAUGCAAAGAAGACGGCAAUAUGGGCUUAUCCGCAAGGACCACCACCCAAUCCAAACAACGGACCGGUUCCAGCAUUGAAUGGUGGCUCGAGCAUCGACAACUCUUGUAUCAUGGAUCUUAGGACUAGAGGGUCCCCCUCACCUUACUACUUUUGUGCAGGGGAUUGGAUCACCAUAACAGUCUUGGAGCGUCAAACUUGGAAUCCGCUUCGCCUUACAGUUGCUAGUGGUGUGCAGUGUCAAAAUUACGUCGAUACUAAAAAUGGUGCGUGUUAUCUUGGUGUCUAUGCUUCAGGAUCUGGAGACUUGAAAGACUCCAUGAAGUUCCAGGUAUUCCCAGCAGCUUACAAUUGGUUUGCUGGAGAAUGGACCUUCCUAUUACGAGAUUAUCAAGGAAGAUGGGUGACAACUUCCACUGAAGGACCACUGCAAUAUCACGAUAAACACCAUCGUGAUGUGCUGCUGGUGAAUGUUUACCAGCCUGCCAAUGCCAAUAAUGCUUCUGCAGAGCAAUUCAUCCUUAAAAACACUCAAAGAGCAACGAAAGACUCUUGGUUUAUUCGUAAGAGGGAUACGUGCUACUUCCAGAAUCAUGAUUACAGUUUGGGUGAAGACAACGACAUGAAACACGGCCGACAACCAUCGUUUAUUUGUGGUUGGGAUGAGUACCAUAACAAUGUGAAUUACGUGAAAAGUGAAGCCAAUAACGGUGUAUGGUUCAGUCCUGUACCGGCACCAGCAUCCGUUUCAUCGCCAUACCAAAUGAAUAUGACAAGCUCUGGUUUCGAUUUAUCAGCUGGAGUCUCAACGGACAGCGGUCCACCGACCUUGUCAUCAGUCACCAUAGUAAAUUUUGGCGGAGGCACUCCGAGAACGUCAGUAACUAUGAGUAGUACUGCAGAAAACACUGUACAGUCAAGUCGUGGAUUUGAAUGGGGAGCAGGUAUAAGUGUUGGAGCGAGUGUCGGAUUUGGAGGUCAACAGAUUGGAGGCUUUGGAGUAGGCCUCACCGUUGGUUUGGACUACUCCAAUACUGAUACCAAUACUGUCCAUACCGCCAAUUCCACCUCUCAGUCCACAGAGUUAUGGAUUUACACUGAAAACAACUCGGCUCAAAAGGCGCUGACCAACGUCAAGCAAAAGUCGAUCGUUAAUGUGCCGUACUGGUAUACCAUUACAAGGACAUGGAAGGACGGAACCGUGAUGAACUUGAACCUCACCGGAACAUUUAACGUGAACUGGUACACCAGUGCACAUGCAUGUACGGGCGCACCAGUUGACAUGUCGUUGGCGCUAUUGAAACAAUUGCCAAUCAAUCAACCGGUUUGUGUGUCUUCAAAUCCAAACCCGUAA